AUGCCGAAAUCCGCGCGGUCCAACUCAGUCGCACGGCAAGAGCGACGCCACAACCCACUCAGCGAAGAGUACUCCCCAUCCGCCCCACUGAAGCAGAAAGCGGGCAAGAAGCGGAAACAAUCACAUGGUGAGGAGGAAGGAGCGGUCGGGUACGUCGACAGCAAAGCCUCGCGACGCAUCCUGGACCUCGGCCAAGACUUGGCGGCGGAAGAUGAAGCGGAGCGGAAACCGAGCGAACCCACACCACCCGGCACCGCUUUCUCUUUCGAAAGCCGCUUCCCACGUGAUGUAGUCAGCGACGAGGACGAAGAAGAACACGCCGGGGUGCGGCUGGGCGAGUACGACGACGAGGAAGCGGCGUGGGGUUCCGAAGGGGAGGAAGUGGAGGAGAUCGAACUGGACCCGCAAGAUCUAGAGACCUUCAACCGCUUCAACCCUUCCUUUGACCCCGCAACGCUAUUACAACCCAAACGGGACGAAUUAGACGACGGGCCGGCAGAAUCAGGACCAGGCACGAACUUGGCCGACAUCAUCCUCGAGAAGAUCGCCGCACACGAAGCGCAGCAACAGCAACAGCAACAAGCGGGCGGAGACCGACUACCCCUACCCGCAAUCCAAAUCCAAGGCGGCGGCGACCCCUCCGACGCCAUCGAACUCCCCGCCAAAGUAGUGGAAGUCUACACCCAAAUCGGCACCCUCCUCUCCCGCUACAAAUCCGGCAAACUCCCCAAACCCUUCAAAAUCCUCCCCACCCUGCCCCAAUGGGACACCCUCCUCUCCAUCACCCGCCCGGAAACCUGGACCCCGAACGCCGUCUACGAAGCCACGAAACUCUUCGUCUCCUCCCGCCCUGCCCUCGCACAGGCAUUUUGCAGUGAUAUCCUGCUCCCGCGGGUGAGGGAGGACAUCUACGAGACCAAGAAGCUAAACGUGCAUUUGUAUAAAGCGCUGAAGAAGGCUUUGUACAAACCCGCGGCGUUUUUUCGCGGGUUCCUCUUCCCGCUCGUGGCGUCGGGGAGUUGUACGGUGCGUGAGGCGACGAUCGUCGGGUCCGUGUUGGCGCGCGUGUCGAUCCCCGUGUUGCAUUCGGCGUCGGCGUUGUACCGGUUGUGUGAGAUUGCGGCGGAGCAGAUGAUGCGGGAUGUGGAGUCGGCGGGGGCGUGCAAUAUCUUCAUCCGCACGCUGUUGGAGAAGAAGUACGCGCUGCCGUAUCGCGUGGUGGACGCGCUCGUGUUUCACUUUUUGCGCUUUCGUGCGGUGCGGCCGCAACAGCUUGAGAACGGUGUCGGCGUCGGAGGCGUUGGUGGUGCAGCAGGAGCAGGCGAACACGGCAAACUCCCUGUGUUGUGGCAUCAAUGCCUCUUAGCGUUUGCGCAGAGGUAUAAGAACGAGAUUACGGAGGACCAGCGCGAGGCGUUGUUGGAUUUGUUGUUGGUGCGGGGACAUAAGCAGAUCGGGCCGGAGGUGCGGAGGGAGUUGUUGGAGGGGAGGGGGAGGGGUGUGGCGGCUGAGGAGGGUAAGGGUGCGGGUGCGGGUGGCGAUGGCGAUGAUACUAUGAUGGGAUGA